CUCACACAAACCUUCCUGAUCCCAGCCGCCGAGGCGGACUCCCGGGGUGGUGCUACCAGCCCUGCCACUUGCAUUCGCGACGGGCAGGGGUUGGGGGCCGCCCGGAGUUGGACUGAAUCGGAGCCACAGGUUGCAGACGCAGGGCGCCGUCCUCAUGGCUGUGGCUCUCUGAAGCUGCCAGCGCGGUGGUGGCUGCUCGCCCCGGAGCUCGGAGCCUGGGAAGGGAAGAAACCCGCGGUGAAAUCCGACACCAGCGCUCUGAGCCCCAGCACCGCAGGCUGGCCCACCAAGACCAUCACUAUGACCGAUGGAGACUAUGAUUAUCUGAUUAAACUCCUGGCCCUUGGAGACUCAGGGGUGGGGAAGACAACAUUUCUUUAUAGAUACACAGAUAAUAAAUUCAAUCCCAAAUUCAUCACGACAGUAGGAAUAGAUUUUCGGGAAAAACGUGUGGUUUACAACACACAGGGACCAAAUGGAUCUUCAGGGAAAGCGUUUAAGGUACAUCUGCAGCUUUGGGACACUGCUGGACAAGAGCGGUUCCGGAGCCUCACUACAGCAUUUUUCAGAGACGCCAUGGGCUUCUUAUUAACGUUUGACCUCACCAGUCAACAGAGCUUCUUGAAUGUCAGAAACUGGAUGAGCCAGCUACAAGCAAAUGCUUACUGUGAAAAUCCAGAUAUAGUAUUAAUUGGCAACAAGGCAGACCUGUCAGACCAAAGGGAAGUCAAUGAACGGCAAGCCCGGGAGCUGGCUGAAAAAUAUGGCAUACCAUACUUUGAAACAAGUGCAGCGACUGGACAGAAUGUAGAGAAAUCUGUGGAAACCCUUCUGGACUUAAUAAUGAAGAGAAUGGAACAAUGUGUAGAGAAGACACAAGUUCCGGACGCUGUCAAUGGUGGAAAUUCUGGAAAGCUAGAUGGGGAAAAGCCAGCAGAAAAGAAGUGUGGCUGCUAGAUACUCUGUAGGACUAGUGAUCAAUAACCCGCCCAAACAGUGACAAAGUUGAGUGUCCCCAAACAAUGACAAACCAAAAAGUUGUUGUUGAGUAGGUCAUGCACAAUGGCAUGUCUUUCUUUUUUCUGCCUCAAAAAAUCUAUUUUAAGAAAUCAGAGUAGUCAGUGGUAUUCAAAAGCAUUGACCUGUCACCACGAGUCCCUUUCAAGCAAAAUCAAAGAUGUCCUAAGAUGAUCUCACUUUUAUGGAUGCUCAGUUAUAUUAAAAAGUUGAGUGCAUAAGAAGAAAUAUCAGUGAGUCUUAAAUGAAAGCAAGUAUUUAUCACAUUGGAGAAAGGAACAGGCUAUCAACAGAACACAGGGAGAUGAUUUUGUUUAAAUUGACUUAUAUGAAAUAGAUUCAGACUUCUACAUGUGCAUUUGGGAAGACAUGUUCCUAAAAACGGAUAUAUAACAAAGAAUUCUAAGAGGUUUAUUAGGAAUGACAUUACUGUCUCCCCAUAAGCUGCACUAAGUUGCUGAUAAGGUCAUGAGUAGGUGAAGCUUCUGCUACAGUGUAGGAUAUUGUGUAAUAAUGCCAUUUUUAUAUUACUAAUAAAUAGAAGAAAGACAAGCAGAGGACUGUGAUGGAGAGAACAUAAUGGAAAUACCCUGGAGGAAGAAUGGAAAAUGACAUUUGGAUAGCUAAAAUUGAUGUGUCUGUUAGAGAUGUCUGGGACAGUCACUUUGCCAGUGGGAAGCUAGCAUUAUGGGUUGGGACUGAGAGCUGCCAGAGGGUCUGACUGAGGCAAACUCUUAGACAUUUGUUCUGGCAGUACCCAAGGUCACAUCUCACUCUUUGCAAAUUCUUAUCAAG